GACGAUCUGAACCACAGCUAACUGCUCAGCCUAAUUGAGCUCUUGUCAUUAACUGCGUCGGAGGGGCUGCGAGACUGUGAGUGCUGCUUGGAGUCCUUUAUUUUGUCUGAUCGUGAUAAAUGACCACAUACGAGAAAGGCGUUGGAUGGGAAUAUAUUAAUUAGAGUUAAACUUCUUGGAAGGGUUUAAAGUGUCAAGUCAAUUUUGAUUUUUGGGACACACGAGUGCAGAAUAACACCAUGGCUCAAGUUGACGCUGAGUUUGCUGUGAAGAGCAGCAGCAUUACGAGAGAAUGGAGCGGACAGGUCCAGCCUGCUCUGGUGGCAUCUUUUGUUUUUCUCAUGUGUCUGGAAGCUGGUCUGUGGAUGAGGAAUCUCUGGCUCAAGAGAAAACUGCCGGGGCCCUUUGCAUGGCCCGUGGUGGGCAACGCCAUGCAGCUGGGUCAGAUGCCUCACAUCACCUUCUCCAAACUAGCCAAGAAAUAUGGUAAUGUGUACCAGAUACGGCUAGGUUGCAGUGACAUUGUGGUGCUGAACGGAGACAGGGCGAUACGUCAGGCUCUGAUACAGCACAGCAAGGAGUUUGCCGGCAGACCAAACUUUGUGUCUUUUCAGUGUGUGUCAGGGGGGAAAGGCAUGACUUUCACUAAUUACAGCAAAGAGUGGAAGAUGCACAGGAAAAUUGCUCAAUCCACGAUCAGAGCAUUCUCAUCUGCCAACAGCCAAACCAAAAAAGCUUUUGAGCAGCAAAUUGUUGCCGAAGCUAGGGAACUGGUUGAGAUUUUCCUUAAACUUGGUUCUCAGGGCCAGUAUUUCAACCCGGCCCAUGAGCUGACAGUAGCUGCUGCUAAUGUGAUUUGUGCCUUGUGCUUCGGAAAACGUUAUGGACACGAUGAUGUCGAGUUCCGAGCCUUGUUACAGAGAGUGGAUGAUUUUGGACAGACUGUUGGAGCUGGCAGCUUGGUGGAUGUGAUGCCAUGGCUUCAGUCUUUCCCCAAUCCUGUCCGCAGUGUCUUCAAGAACUUCAAGAAGCUCAACAAGGAGUUUUUUGGGUUUGUCCAGGACAAGGUGGAAGAGCAUAGAAAGACGUUCGAUCCAGAGGUAACCCGGGAUAUGAGUGAUGCCAUUAUCAGUGUCAUUGACAAGACUGAGAGUGACAACACUCUCACUAAAGGCCACACCGAGGGGACAGUGUCAGACCUCAUCGGUGCAGGUCUGGAUACUGUUUCCACUGCUCUUGACUGGAUUCUGCUACUCUUGGUGAAGCACCCUGAAAUUCAAACAGAGCUCCACCAGCUCAUUGACAAGGUGGUGGGACCAAACAGGCUGCCCUCUGUGGAGGACAGAGUUCACCUGGCCUACCUGGAUGCCUUCAUCUAUGAAACAAUGCGAUUCACCAGUUUUGUGCCCCUCACCAUUCCCCACUCAACAACCUCAGACGUCACAGUUGAGGGUCUCCACAUUCCAAAAGACACGGUGGUCUUCAUCAAUCAGUGGUCCAUCAAUCACGACCCCCUGAAGUGGAAGGACCCGCAGAUCUUUGACCCCUCACGCUUCCUUGACAAAAACGGCUCCCUAGACAAGGAUCUCACUAAUAAUGUUAUGAUCUUCUCAGCAGGAAAGAGAAGAUGCAUUGGAGACCAGAUUGCCAAGGUAGAGAUCUUUUUGUUCUUUGCAAUCCUUCUCCAGCAAUGUCACUUUGAGAAAUGUCCUGAUAAAGACUUGUCCCUAAAUUGCUCUUACGGUUUAACACUGAAGCCUUUAGAUUUUGACAUAACCGCCAAACCCAGGGGAGAGACACUCCUUGGUCAAUAAAAAACACAUCUUCAAACAGAAGUAUGUAAACUGAUAUAAGCUAAUUGUGAUGUAAGCUAAGAAUGUAUCAUUCGUCCCAUAGUGGGUUUGUAUGCAUGUACCUGUAUAUAUUGUCUUAAAAAUGCUAUGAACACCUUCCACAUUUUAUAUCAAAAGUGUUGUAUAAUGGGGCCACAUUAAAUAAAACUGUAUGUACUUGGUGGUCUUAAUAUGCUUACAUCCUGCAUGGUACAGAGUUAUUCACCUGCAACAUCCACUUGGUACACCUCCACAAUCUAAUGACAUUUGAUACAAAGAUGCACUGCACUGAGAAGUGCCUCUUUUAUGUAGCAAACUGACCAAAAAUAUAAAAACAGCAUGAAGUGCAGUACAUGGCAUUCUACAAUUAUACAAAUAAACAUAUUCAAGUAAUACCUAUGAAGUUGUGAUUAUCUUUGUAAUGGAUCUCAUUGAAUGGUGAAGGUGUACUUUUGUAUUACGUUGUGGUCGGUGUAAUAUCUAAACUAUUGUCAUAGGCAUGCUGAAAAUGUAAUUCCUCACUAUCAAUAUAUAUGGCAUUGUCUGAGAAAAGAGCUGUACGUACAGUAUAUAAACCCUAUUUUCUUAUAAUAAACUUGACAAAUGUAUGCUAUGGAGUGGGACUAAAACCUCACAGUUAAAAUAAACAUAUACACUAACUUACAGGUGAAAGUGUGGUGUGUCAGUGGGGUCAGCCAGUAUAAAAAAAAGUCCAGCGCGGUCAAAGAGAUAAUAAUAGCACUCAAUGUCUGGUCUCAGAGCUGCUGUGAAAGAUUAAUAUGCGCUACUGGCCCAUGUCGCUCCUGCUCUGAACCCUUACCAAGCUGGCUGUGACUCACUACAUCAGCCACUCAUUAAUGUUUAACACAGGUCCCUCUGUACUUUCAACAGCAGUGAGGUUUAUUUUGUCUUAUUCAGUAAAUUGAGAGCAGAUAAGUUAUUGUCAUGCCCCAUUUACUAAUGAAGUGAGUUUUAUGUCCUUGGA